UUCCGCGUAUUUCCAACCGUCUCCCCAUGCUUCUACAUGCCCCUCGCCUGAAAUUCGCACACUUUUUCAUUCUAAUUGCUAGUAGGGACUGAUACGGCUGCAAAAUUUGCAAAAUCACUAGAUUUUAUAGCGUAUCAUGAAUUGAAAGAUAGUUUGAUAGAAACUUUCAGCGAAACCAAAUCGCUUGAAAAUGUAUACAAGCAGCUCAGAUCACGACAACUUGGAAGAAACGAGUCCAUCAUACGGUACGUUCUAGAUAUGCAAGCCUUAGCAUGGGGAACUCCAGUACCAGAAGAAAAUAUGCGACUAUUGAAACGGUACGAGCAAAUCCGCCCUCAACACAUUGCAACACCAUCAUCAUCAGGGACCAUCCGCCAACCAAGUAAUGUGUCAAGAACAUCGGAUAACCAGCAGGCACCCGCUGUAGUGAGAUGCUACAACUGCUCUAAAUUUGGACACUAUCAGAAUUCCUGCCCUAUGCCACGUCGACCACCAGGAUCGUGCUUUAAGUGUCGUCAGGUUGGGCAUGCUGCUCGAAACUGCCCAAUUAAAAUAAUCAUCCCAUCGGCUGCCGCGCAUUAUAAAGAUCAGGGUAAUGAAGAUCAGGGUACAACUUUAGACGAAUUUGAACAGAUCGGCUAUCAAGAGCGAUUUGCUUCCUGAGAUCCUCGCUCUCGUUGAUAAGCGAGCGCUAGCACCCAUAUUAGCUAAGCCGUCUGUUAGCAACGCAUCGCUUACGCACACAUCCACUAAUGUAUCGUCGCUCAAUGCCACAAAUACAUCCAGAACGACUAAAACAGCUUCCGCUCGCCGUACAUUUACUAACUCAACGGAGCUCACUGCUGAUAUCCAAGCUGCGAACGAUACCAACACUGUAGAAGAUUCUGACAACUGUAACCACUACAAUCAUCGUACUAAGCCGACUAGUGAUGUUAGUGCUGGAAACUACCGAACAAAUACACAAGCAUCUUCUGAUCCUGUUUUGAACCAAAACACCACCAACACGGGCAUAGCCGAGAAAGUAUGGUUAUACUUCACGAACAUCAAAUCGCAUGUCUCCGCUGAUGAUAUGCGUGUGUGGCUUAAAGCUGUGCUACCAACGGACGAUAUUAAUGUUUACCGUCUCACGAAAAAGGGUGUGAACCUGGACUCGAUGUCCUUCAUAUCGUUCAAAGUGAGUGUUCCUAAAUCUCUUAAGGAGCUUGCGCUGCAGUCUACUAUUUGGCCAGUUUCACUUACUGUUCGGGAGUUUGUUGCUCGUGCCCUACCAAAGCAACGUGUACAUGAAAGGGCUCGAUUUGACCCUUCUGAGCUUAUUUCGCAUCGUACAAAUAGUGAAAAUUGCUCUUCAGCUGUGCCAAAAACUACCGCUCAUCCGGAUCAUUUUUUGGAACAUCGAUCGCCACCCCCACAGCGCGGGAUUCUAUCACCAUCCCAGUUGACCGAGAUCCUAGAGGCUAUUCAACUGGAGUUUCCUCCCACACCGCCUCAGUUAUCACCGGGGGUGGGGCUUCAAUCACAAUUCAAUCUCAGCAACAGAACAGCUCACAAUUAAUAGACCCAUUCGUGAUAUAUUACCAAAAUGUUCGAGGCCUUCGCACCAAAUACAAUGAAUUGCGCCUUUCUGCGAAUGAAUCAGGGUUUGAAAUGCUUGCCCUUACUGAAACCUGGUUAAAUGAAUCGAUUCCAUCCAACAUGGUCCUUGAUAGUGAUGCCUACAACAUAUACCGCUGCGAUCGAAGCAGGUUAAACAAUGAACGUUCGCGUGGGGGUGGUGUGCUACUUGCAUGUUCCGUUCGAUAUCCUUCUGUGGCACUUAACAUUAAUCAACCCACGCUUGAAGCUUUAUGUAUACGUGUUUCUUUUUCUAAGUUUCGUCUUUAUGUGGGGAUUGUUUAUGUGCCACCGUAUUUGAGCAGCGACCGCAACUAUUUGGAAUUCCUUUCUGCUUUCAUCAGUGAUGCAUACAUGCAAAUGAAACCGAAUGAUCAUCUUAUCCUUCUGGGCGACUUUAACCAACCUGCGUUAGAGUGGUCGCUUUCUACCGUAGUAAGGCCAGAUUCAUCUUCAGCUAUUAGACAUUAUGUGCCACAUAUUUCUUCGAAUACAUCCAGUUCCUGCUUUUUGGAUAUGUUAAACUUGCAUGAACUCUAUCAGCUGAACGGGGUGCUUAACCAUUUAAAUCAUUAUUUGGACCU